AGUACUUAAUAUUUACUAGAUGCAAUCCAUAAAUUCUACAAGAAGUUUAUUUUGCAAAUUUAUCUAAGGUUAGAGAUAAUAAUUAUAAUGACUACAAUAAGAAAUAGGAUUUCAUCGUAAGCUAUACAUACAUAUUUACAGUCAAUUUAAUUCUAACAUUAAUGUAUGCCUUGAUGCAUUUGAUUAUUGUUUAUUACUUUUCCAAUAUUUGUAUCCAUCAAGUAACUAGCACUUUUGUUCUGAUGAUAUUUUUGAUCACCUAGUGAGAGGUGUAUUCAUUUUAGCCUUCGCCGAAAGGUUCCUAAAUUAAGUUGUUGUGGUGUAGGUAAAUUAACCACAUUUUUUUAUAAGCUAGUACGGAGAUGAUGAUUGACUAGGACGUCAAGUGCAUUUAUUUACGUUGACGAUAUUAACCAGUAACUGAACUGUAUAUUCAUAGUUUCUCAGACUGUAUUGAGUGUUAACUAAUUUUGUAUUAUUUUUUCAAUAAGAUUUCUAAUUUGUUUUAUUUUCAUUAAGAAUUAAAUUUUUUUUCACUGUACAGCUACGUAAACAAUUUGAGCACAGUAGCUGAUACCUUUGUGCAUCUAGAUAUUUAAAGUUUUUUUUUUUGAUUCUAUUAAGGCUAAGAUCCUUAGUUUUGCAGCCUCCAAGAAAAUUAUUUCUCCCAUGAAUAUCGUAGUAGAUAAAAAAAUUAAUAAACAGUAGAAUUGUAAAUAAAACUUUGAAUUUUGUAAAUAUGAUGAAAAUUUUCUCAAAAAAUUCUUUAUUUAAUUUUAAUUUAGAAAUUUUCAAAACUAAAUAUUAGGUAUAUAUUUAAACGGUACACGGCUGUUACUUUGCACACAACUUAAAGGAGGUACAAUGAACAAUUCUUCGGUUUAAUUUUUUUAAUACAACGUACAGAAUUUAAAUAAUCUGAGUACAAAAUAUUGUGAUUUAACUGUCACUUGCCGCUGAUGAAAGGAACGAGUUCAACAGUUUGCCGCUAGAGCUCCGGUUAGUUCCGAGUUUACUCACUAGAUGCCUCGAAUAUCGCAGGAGUUCAGGCGGGAAUAUUAUCGCUUCGAAACGGUCAAAACACAACACUAGUAUCAGCAAUAGUAAGUGGACGUGUAUUUAAAAUGAAGCACAGCAGGAAAUGGAAAGAAGCCCAUCGACGCCAACUUGAGUAAGUAUUUUUAUGUACUUGUUCUACAUUGUAAUCACAUAUUGUAUUUUUUUUUCCCCGGAAAAGUAAUUCCAGUCCAUUCAUAUGUAUAUAUUUAUGUUAUAUAUAUUUAUAUUAUUAGCCGUUUUAUUGGUUUAGAGUUUAAAGAAUUUAUUAAUUUAUAACUAGCGGUAAUUUUUUUUUAAAUAAUUACAUUACCCUUUUCUUGUACAUACUGUGUUGGUGUUAAAAUCAAUGGCAUUAUAUUAAAAAUCCCUUUCGCCCGUAUAUUUUGUAGUAUUUAUUUAUUUGAUAAAGGUUUGAGAUAGUAUUUCGAAUUUUUAUAAAAAAUUAAGACGUAUAUAUUAUAUAGCGUAGUUACUCAAACAAUGAUUUUUUUUUGUUAUUUCACCCAUUGCAGUGAUGCUUGGUUAUAUAAAAAUUUAAAAAUAUGAAUAUUCUUUUAAUGUGAUACAUGUUUCCUAGUAACUGCAACACCUCAAAUUAAAUAACAAAUUGAUAUAGCAAUGAAAGAGAUUGUGUUUAUUCAAUAUUUCCCCAUAGUUUUUUGCUAUAGCGAAAAUUAAGGAUAACUCUGCAAUGAUUGGGUGUAUCUAAAAUUGUUUCAGACAAAAUUUUUUGAUAACGUUUAUAAGAUUUACAAACAGUUAGAACAUAUUCGAUGGUGUGCCUACUAAGGGAGCAAUGAUUUUUUUUUUGUCAAUUCCUGUUUAACCCCUGCAAAAAUGGUUCGUCUAAUCAAAAAUUGUUUCCGACAAAAGAUUUAGUUAAAAAAUUACAAGGUUUUUGAAGAAUUAUAACGGAUUCGAUAGUAUGCAUAAUAAGAGAGUUACGAUUUUUUUGGUCCGAAACACUUUAAUUUUUACACCCCUUGCAGUUAUGGUUGGUCGUAUCAAAAACUUAUUCAGACAAAAGUUCUUCCUAUUUUUUCCUUUAAGCUUUAUGUUCACACGGAUGCGAUAUGCAUCAUAUUAUGGAAGUUGUUGCGAUUUUUCUGUUAAAAAAAACCUUCCCCAUUUCUACCCCUAUGGACUGAUUUUGUCCAUUGACGAACUCGAUCGAGAUUUUCCAUUACUUGAUUUUAUGUAUCAGUUUGGAAUUGAUGUGCGAAAAAUUACGGCAGUUAUCGUGUUCAUAAAAUUGUGAUAUAUAUAUAUAUAUAUAUAUAUAUACACACACACACAUACAUACAUACAUACAUAUACAUAUAACUUUAGAACUGAUGAUGGUUAUGGGUUUCUUGGACUAUGAAACGUAAAACUACAUAAAAUCUUUCAGGAAGUCGCACCGCUGGUACGUUGAAAAUUCUAUAUUUUUUUUAAUGAUUUUUCCUUACGUAUUUGAAAUUUUCUAAAGAAAGUAAUGUAAAGAAUAAGAAUUAGAUACAAAAUGCACGUUUUAUAUGCCAUAAAAAAACAUUGGUGUGCUAAAACAAAAUGAAUGCAAACAAAACAAAUAUCGUAGCAGGACUGUAUUUGAUACGGGGGAGUUUAGACUAGGAAAUCAAAUUUGUAUAAAUGAGUGCAUACGUAUUAGUCCGCGGCAAUUAUUAUAUAGUUAUCGAUGGUUUUCAUGCAUUCUACGCGGCACAAACAUAUUAUGAAUUUUUAAACUUAAGUACUUACUUAAAAAUUCCAUUUGAGUUGUAACUGUUCGUUCUAACCUGGGAAAUACAACCUAAAUGACAAGACAAAUCAUAUUACAUGUCGUACAUCGUUCCAUUAAGUCAAAGUUUAUAGUAUAUUCCUAUAACAAAUGCGUAUAUAAAAUACAGUAUAUAAUGCACUAAAAACAAGCAGGCCAUUUAGAAAAAUUUUAUUUUCUGUUGACAGUUUACGUGCACAAAAACAUAACAUUUAAUCGUCUCUGGCACGUUAUGAGAUUAAGUUUAUUUUAGAUACUUCCUCUUUCGAAAAAAACAAACAAACAAUUUCGUCACAUACUGUUUUUUUCUUCUGAUUCCAGCAAUCCUUCAACUCAUUGUCUUACAGAAUACCAACAUUUCAUUACAAGUUUUUCGCUGAAAUGGCCCAUUAUUAAAUUAAAUCUUGACUAAUUUUAUAAAAAAAAUAUUUAACCAUAAUCAUGAUGAUAUCCGUGUAUGUAAACAGUUACGUAACACUACAAAUGUGAAAAUGUACCCACACACAAACGAAAUUUCGUUUUGUAGCAUAAAGAUUAAUACAGUAGAUAAAUAUUUUUCAAGUUUAGUUUUGUAAUAUUUACUUUUUAUUUCCGAAGGUACAACUACUGUUUGCAAAAAUAAUGAAAAAAAAUUAAGUACUAUUAAAGAGCAUCUACAGGUUUAAAAUUUGCCAAAUGUAAUACUAUAUGAAUUCUGAGCAACAUAUUAAGUUAUUGACAACAUCUUUUAUAGUUACGUAAAAUUCAGUAACAUGCUAAAGGUGGUUCAGAAUAGAAUUCAAAAUUCCAAAGACAGUUUAAGCAUUUUUAAAUACAAAUGCGUAAUUAAUCACAUAAAAAACAUGUUAGACAUUUUACCGUGCCACCUAUUGGUCGAAACUUAUGCUAUAAUGUGUAGUAAAUAAAUCAAAAUUUCCGCAAAAAUUGCUAUAAGUGCACCCAGAAAAAACCUUAAACAAUUCGAGAGUAAAAUCAACAAACAAAAACCACUUAACUCAGAAAUAUUUUAAAAAAUAUUACAGAUGAAAAUAGACAACAGAGAGAUUAAUGAUUAAUGGACUAAAUCUAGGCAAACAGCAGAUGAAUCACAAAAAAAAGAAGGGGGGGGGGGACAGGCUAUUUUUAAUUAAAUAGUUUCCUUUAAAUAAAUUUUUAAUAAAUCUUAAACUAGCAAACUUAAUGAAUAUUAAAGCAAAGGCAAAUUAAAAUUCUUUAACUACUCUAAUGAAUUAUAUUAUUUCACUUAGGCUUGCAACAUUAGCGAGAAAAAAGAAGAAGCUGGGGUUGACACAGAACCCUCUGCCUGCUGGUGAUGGUCCUGCAACACCAACCUUGCCAGAGAGCCCAGGCGGUGAAAGUUCGGUCCCCACAGUGCCAGAUGUAACCACCAUGGCGUCUUCAGUGGCGGCGUGUACAUCACGCAACACUGAUGACAGUACACAUACUCUGUCCGAUGACUAUCAAGGGAAUGAUGACCUUCCUCCGCUGAUAGUGGUUUACGAGCCUCCAUUGCCACAGACAGAUCCGGGACUCAGUAUGUUAGAGGGUCGAAUGAUGGUUGACGUUCGUCACUUCAUGGUGCAAUGCCGUCUUCUGGAGAGACACAGGUGUCCCAUUUCAUCUUCAGGAACAUAUUUUCUGGAAAGUGUCAACAGGUACGGUCUGCUGACAAAUUUUAAAUUUAAGUGCACUCACUGCAAUCAAGAGCAGCAGUUCAAAUCUGAGCCUGUGGAAUGCCUUCCAGUGGGAAGAAAAAGAAAAUGCAAAAUCGAUACCAACUUAGAUAUCAACGAUAAGAUUGUUUGGGGCGCAAUUUCGGUUGGUCUAGGCUACGGACCAUUGUAUGAACUAUUGUCACUAAUUGAUAUGCAUCCUAUGAGCCCGGGUUGCUUUUCUUAUCACGAGAACAGAAUCGGAGAGCACUGGAAGGCAAUGUUGCAGAAGGAAAUGGAAGAUGCUGCACUGGAAGAGUUCUCUAUGGCGAAAGAUGAUGGACGCAUCUGUAUGGUUGGAAAUGAGGAAUAUGCUUGGACCAUAGGAAUUUUGGAUGGAGGUUGGAGCCAAAGAUCCUAUGGUCAUAGGUAUUCUGCUAAGUCUGGAUGUGCUAUAAUAAUUGGCUUCUACACUAAGAAAUUGUUAUUCCUUGGUGUGAGAAACAAAUAUUGUACCGCAUGCAUUCGGAGCGAACGGAUGGAAAAGGAACCCACGCCUCACCUGUGUUUCCGGAACUGGACUGAUUCUUCCACUGCAAUGGAGGCAGACAUUAUAGUGGAAGGUUUCCGGUUCUGUGAAGCCAAGUACAAACUUCAAUUUAAGAAGUUUGUUGGUGAUGGGGAUUCAAGUGUGCAUGCAGCCAUAGUUGCAAAUGUUUCGUACGGAAGAGAUGUUGAAAAGAUUGAAUGUGCUAACCAUGUCGUGAAGAAUCUCAAAAAGAAUCUUUAUGCCAUAGCCAAGGGCAUCCAUAUGCGGCAUCUCAGCCAGUCGAAAAUCAAAGCCCUCUGUCGCUGUGCAAGAGGUUGUAUCAGCAACUGUGGGGGUGAUGCUAUGCUACUUCAAUCAACACUUCUAAAUGUGCCCAACCAUGUGUUUGGAGACCAUAAGUUAUGCAAUUUAGAUGUGUGUGAGAGAGCUGGUAAAACAGCAAAUCCCUGCAGUUAUGACGCAUUGCCUUGUGAAUUGAUUGUGGGAAUCAAACAAGCUUUUGACCGAGUGAGAGCAAAGUCACAAGCACUUGUAAUGGAUCUCACAACCAACCAAGCAGAAAUGUACAUGUCAUUAGUUGCAAGGAUGGCUGGCGGUAAGCAGAUAAACCGUUCACAGCAGGGGUCUUACAGCCGUAGGGCUACUGCUGCUGGUUUGUCUUUCCAACUUCGCUACAAAUGGCAUGGACAAACUAUGAAGGCGAUCACAGGUCACAGCCCUGGAGUGACUGUGAAGCGAUUAAUGGCAAAAAGACAGAAACAGCAGGCGAACUGUAGGCGAAGGUUGGAUAUGAAUCCGCAUGUACCACGGAAAUCGGAAUCAUUUAAACCACAGGGUGAUAAGAGCUAUGGUCCUCAUGCAACUCAGCCUCCAGCUUCUGGUCUUGAACUAGAAAUUCUGACUGAGUCUGUGAUGAGAAGCAUAGAGCUUACAGUGCAAGAAAGGAAUGAUCUGGAGGUGCAGACACGAGAUCAAGGAAGCAGUCAGUUGUGGAUGAAGGAGCGGAGAAAACGAGUCACUGCUUCCUUUUUCGGACGUGUCUGUAAAAUGAGGGAAAAUACUUCGUGUAAAGUGACAGUGGAAGCGAUUGUGUACAGUCGUGUAUUGGAGAAUGCUGCCACAAUACAUGGUCUAGCAAACGAGCGCAUAGCUGUCGCUUUAUACGAAGAACAAACAGGCCAUACUGUUAAACAAUGUGGUCUCUUCGUUGACCUUCAGCAUUGCUUUCUUGCAGCUUCUCCUGAUGGUUUAGUUGAUGAAGAUGGUUUGGUGGAGGUGAAAUGUCCAUACUCUGCAAGGGAACUUAACCCUUUAGAUGCAGCAAUGCAGCUGAAAACGUUCUUUUGCAGAGUUGUCGACGGCGAGCUUUGCUUGAAUCGCUCUCACAAUUACUACUAUCAAGUGCAAGGGCAAUUACACAUCACACGAAGAAAGUGGUGUGAUUUUGUCGUUUGGACAACGAAAGGCAUUUCAAUAGAAAGAAUUGUGAGAGAUGAUUGUUUCUGGCUUGAGAAAAUGGAGUCAAAAUUGUUGCGAUUUUUUAACAACUGCUUGUUGCCAGAGCUUGCUGAUCCAUGUCGUCCCAGGGGACAACCGAUUCGUGAGCCAGAAUAUAUUAUACAGGCACAAGAAAGUCGUUCAAAGAAACGCAAAAUUUCAGAUGUGUGAAUUUUGAGAGACAGAAAUUGUGUGGCUGACGAGAACUCUUUUUUUUAAUUUGAUACAGUGAUGCUUUAUAUCUGAUAAAAAAAUUCUAAUUAUUGUUUACUUCUCAUGCUUGUACAAAUUGAACAGUACUGUAAAUGUAUUUGAUGACAUAAGCAAUAGUAAGUUAUUAGCUGAUAUUGAAUACAAACAUUUUUUUUUCAUGACUACAAAAAAUAAGGUUCUCUGGUUGGCGAGUGAUUAUAUUAUACUAAUGUCAAAAAGAUGUUAUCGGGAAAAAAUAAAUGAAGUUAUUUUAUACCACUGAUUCACUACCCAUAAAAUCAAACUGUAACGUCUUUGCAACUAGUAUCUCAUACAAGAAAUAUAUAACAUAUUAGUGCUUCAUUUUGUAUAAAAAUAAAACACAUAUAUAAUAUCGGGAGACAGCCUUGAAAAUCGUGCAUAUCACCAACAUGGCCAAUCAGACUCACAGUCAUGUUUACGAUAGCAAGACAGCUAGCAAACCAGUUCAGUUUAUAUGCAGCUUAACUGAAAAAUUUAUUCAAUAUUUUCGGGGUGGUUUUACGCUCAAAAUUUAUACAAAACCAAAUCAGCAAUCCUUGUAUUAUCAUUUAUAAUACUACAAAAUAUCUUCCAUUUCCUUCGAAUUGUAUUGAGCACUAAAAUAUUGAUUUACUUUUGGCCCAGAUUUUAUUCGACGAUACUCUGUAGAGUUUAGCUUGUUUGCAUUCUUUAUUUAUUAGGUUUAAAUCAUGGCCAAAUUUAUUGAAGUGUAACACAAAUUAUAUAUUUGUGUGUGCCUGGUUAGGAAUUUGUAUGAUGUACUUACUAGAAAAACUAUGUCAUAUCAGUGUAAUAGUUGUACCCUUACAAGCGUUGAAUAUUUAUGAAACAUUUUAUUUCUUUUGUUUUUAAAGCCGCAGACUUGUAUUUUAUUUAUUGCAUUUAGACAACAACAUGCGUCCGUGUUUUCUACAUUGCACGCUCUGUAAUAUUUUGAAUGUUAUAGUAAUUUUUGCUUUUUAAAAUCUGUGAUUUAUGUGCAGUAGAAUGAUUUGUAAUUUAUGAUUAUUUCUUUUCAUAUUUUUAAUGAGCCAUUUGCUAAUAUUAUAUACACUUCUCCAUUUAUUAUAAUAAACACAUAUUCCAUUAUUGGAAUUAUUUCAGAAUGGGAAUCACAAGACUACAAAAACUAUUCUCCUGCAUAAGAAAGGUGAUAAUACCAGUAAAGAAAAUUAUCGUCCGAGAGCAAUUACGUCUUAUAUUUAGGGACACCUGUAUUUCGCUAAUACAUUUCGUGUCAAGGUAUUUAACAAAACACUGUAGAUUUUUCUUGUAAUUAUUGGCUGUGGUCGGUGAAGGCUGUUUUCCCGCACUUGACGGGGCCAAUGAGGACGUAGUUACCGUACUGCUGCACGCCCGCAAUUCGCCAAACCUCUAAGAAAAAAAAGCUACAGUUAUGUGUGAAAUAGCCUGACACGAGAUGUAUUCACGAAAUACAGGUGUCCUUAAUUAUAUCGAAAAAUAUUUGAACAUUGUAUGAUAAUUUUAAGUAUGAAAAGUACAAAAUACUUUCAAAUUUAAUACAUGGUUUUACAUCAACUCUAAGCACUAAAACCCAUACUGCUUAUUAUCUACAAAAUAAAUCUAUACACGGCAACUGAUUAUGAAUCAGUUGAGUUUUUUUUAUAAAGCAUCUAAGGCCUUGAUUGUAUAAAUAUAUUGUUGGAUAAAUUAACUAAACUAGGAAUACUAUAAAAUGCACAAAAAUAGAAGAGUUUGAUCUCAAUGACAUAAAGCAUAAUUUAUCUAUUUAGCACAGCCUGUAUAAUUGCUUCCCCAUUGUCAAGACUAAAAUUAAAAAAACUGCGAAAGAAGCAGUAUAAAAUAUCUAUCUCAUUAUCUUUGCGGGUGACUCAAAUAUCAUACAAACAAAACGAAACGCAAGAAAGCAUAUUUUAAACACUGUAAAUAACUUAGAUUUUAAAUAAAAGGAUAAUAAUCAGUUUGUAAAAUUUAGUUUUAACGAUGAGUUGUAAACAGAACAUCAAACAUAUAUCAUAGGUGUUACUGCGAACAGAGAACUCUCACAAACAAUACAAUUCCUUUCUGCGCAACCUGCAAGCUCCGGUACCUUCUGUAAAAAAAAAUAUAUAAAUGUAAAACUUUUCCGGAAGUCGUACCAUGGUAAUGACUAAAAUAUGUAGCCUUACUUCUAAAUCUAAUUAUCUAGAGAACAAAUUGUAUUACAUUAUUUUCAUGAUUUAAACGGUAGCAAAAUUAACACCUACAUACGAACAGAAGUUUGCUCUUUUAUUCAUUUUUUUAGUUACGUGAUAAUUUUUUUGAGUUAUAAAGAAAUCCAACUUAAACAGUAAAAAAGAAAGGCUUUUAAUGAAAAAACCUACUCAGUCAUUAUAGAUAACUGUUCAAACCAUUUAAGAUUCAUCCUGUUACAUAAAUUUUUAUAUUCAUAUACAUCUAAUGUAUACACAUAUCAGAAAAAAGGCAAUAAAUUCAUAUUAACUUCAUUAUCAAACUAUAAUAAAACACAAAAUACACUUGCAGAGAACCACCAAAUAUAUUGCGUAAGUGUUUCUGCAAUGAGUUAAACUUUAAAAUUGACUUUAUUAUUUCCAAAAAAUAAUUUAAAACUCCAAGCAAAUGUAAGAACACGUCUUCUAGAUAUAAUGUAAGAUUAUAAUGCCGUGUCCGAAUUCGCCUGAAGAAUAUACUUGUAGAUACUUUGGAAGUGACUUUGCAAGACUGUCAGAAAUGGACGUGAAGUAUGUAUGCUAUGCAAUACGCAAGUAAAUGAGUCUGUGUAAUUCUCGCGUACUUGAAGUUGAAAAUACUUCUUCAUUUGAAAUAUUUUUGGUCAUAUUUUAUAUAUCAUUUAAAUAAUUUAAGAGGACGUAAAAUAAAUAUAAUUUAUUUUGUAUUUUACUGGUAUCUAUAAAUAAAUUGACAAAAUUAAUUUAUGUAUAUGGAUGUUUACAACGAAGUUUCAACAAACACAUGUACAUAUUUAGCCUACAGAUCGUUACUACAAAACAAAAGUACAAUAAUAAUGUAUGUUGCCGUAAAUUCACGUGACAGCGAUGAAGUGUUAAAAAAAAAAGUACUAAUUUCACAUGCGUUUUCGGCUGGCUAAACAUUGAACUUAUCCGGAUUCGUUAAAGGCAAGUGAAGUACGUAAGGUUGCAAACAUGUAACUGCAUUACUUUCUGAUUAAUUUUAAUAAAAUUAUGCAUAUAUCCAAAAAAUGUUCAGUUAAAAUUAGUAUUGUAUUGUAUUGUAUUUUAUUGUAUUGGUGUUUGUAUCUGGGUAUAUUUUUAUUGUGUGUUUAAGAUUUAUUGACUUUUGUGCCUCAUGUACUUUUGGUGAAAAAUGAAAAUGUAAUUAUGUAUUAUUAUCAGGGCCCAAAGCAAAACUAUUUGUUCGUUGGCCGAAAAUGAAAUGUAGUUAUACUUGUAUAUCUAAGAAAAAUAUUUGUAUUUUGUAUGAAUGUAAGUAUUUUAUUAUGUAAAUUUUUAUUACUUACAAAUAUUUCGUACUCAUAAUAUCUAGUUUCCAUUUGUCUUAAGACAUAAUAAAAUGAUAUACUAAGCAAAAAAUGUUUAUUGGUUCGCAAUUUUUCAUUGUUACAAUAUUUUAAAAUGAAAAAUUUGCUAUUCAGCAAUAUCAACUUCUAAAACGUGAGUAAAAAUUAUCAUUAAAUUAUA